AUGCCAACGGACGGGCUGGUUGGGUUCUUGUCGAACAAUGGCAACAAUACUCACUGGAAUGACGAGUACCUUGGGGUGGGCGCCACGGUGUUUGGAGCAACGAAGGUUGCCAAUGGCUUUGCGCUGGCAGGGCGUGGUGCAUCGAUUGUGUGGCCGGUGGGCAGAGGACGGCGGAAUCCCGGGCACGGUUCUGUGGGCGAGGAGGUGACCCUUGUGGCGACGGUGACCAUCAACAAGGCGCCACAGGGCGUCACCCCAGUGUUGGGCGUGAGGACAGCGGAGACUGGAAUGUAUCUGGGGCUGUGGUACGACGAGCGGAAGCGCUGGAGGACGGAGUUCAGAGAAGGAGCGGAUGCACAAAGAAUGACGUGGGAGGAGGGGAAGGCAUACCGAGUGGUGCUCACGGUGGAAAACGGCACGGGCUCGGCGUACGUCGACGGGCAGCUUGUGGGGAGUUUGGAGGAUAAACCUCCAUUUACUGACGUGUUUCCUCCGCCUCCGCCUCCGCCUCUGCCUCUGCCUCCUCAUGAGCAAUUUCAGCAUGAGAGGGUCUCGCACAUCUUCGUUGGGGAAUACAGGUACGACGAAGUAAACGCAGAGUUCCACGUGACGGUGACGAACGUCUUUCUGUACAGCCGCUGCUUCAACGCCAGUGAGGUUGCGGCGCUGGAGAGGAAGGAGGAGGAGGCCAGCGUGACGGAACCGGAGGCGGUGCCGCUUCGCACCGCCGCAUCCGCUGUCAAUGACCCGAAGAACUCUGCGCACGACGAGGCUGCAGCAGCUGGCGGCGUGGCGGAGGGGCCGCCGGUGGCAGCCGGCACUGGCCCCGCGACGACCGACGCGGCUGGGAGUUCUGCGGGGGAUGCGUCGGUGCCGCGCGGUGCACCGGCGCCGGGCCUAAACAACGCCUCCGCCGCACUCGCAAAGGAGGCUGCGGGCACAGUGCAGAGGGAGGCUGGCGGCGGCGACGGCACUGCGCGUGGGAGUGUGUCUGCGGUGCUCUCGCUGCUUAUGCUUGCGCUGUGGGGACUCUCCGCGCUGUGCUGA